AUGAGGCAAAAGGGCAUGGAAACCAACACCAUCUUACGUCCGAUGAGUGAAGGCAACAUCAUAUCUGAAGAGGGGGACUAUAGAACUGGAGGGAUGUAUAAGAACUAUGAAGAGACACACUCAAACAGCUCACAACACAUCUUCCCGCACUUCCAUCUUCACUACAUCAGAAAUCUUUCAAUCCACCAGGAGCUUUCAGUCUUAAACUUCAACAUGCACCUCUCCACCGCUAUUACCACCUUGUCCGCUUUCGCUGUCAUGAGCGCCAGCGUGAGUGCCUUCCAGGCCGACUUCGACACCUGGGACGUCCGAGGCUGCAUGGGCAGUGGUGAACCAGGACGCCUUAACCACUACCCCACGGUUAACAAGGACGUAUGCGGUGACCUACCCAAUGCUGCGAGCAUCAGAGUCAACUACUUAGAGGGCAACUGCCAAGUGAACCUUUACUCUGGAGACAGGUGCACUGGUGACUUUACCGUGUACAAGAAAGAGCCCAACUACAACCAGUCAUGCAAGAAUGUUGAUGGCAAAGUAAGCUACAAGGUUACUUGCUAG